CAUGGCGGCAGAAGAAGAAUUAACAGACCUAUGGCAGUCUCACGCCCGACUAGACGUAGUACUAGAACUAGUGUUCUUAUGGCUGGGCGGCGUGGAUUUGGCGUGUUGUGGCGUCGUCUGCAGCGCUUGGCGUCAAGCGAUCCGGCGUGCAGAUGUCUGGAGACGCCUGCUGGUGGAAGCGUCCAGUGUGGAUACAGUGCAUGCGCUCGCUAAUAUUUAUGGUGGUGCAUGUCCGUGGCGUCAGUUGUACGUGGCAUCUAUAGCGCCUGGCGACGUGUGGCGUGUCUGACGCCAGAGCGGCCGGCGAGAUUAGCUGCCGCUGCGCUAAAUCGCGCUGGAGACUUACUUGCUCUUGCUGCUGAAGACUGCUCUUUCACUGUAUGGGUGCUUGAGAACGGGCUCUGGACGCGUGUAGGCGCUGGUUCAGUGGCACUAGGUUGGACUGGAGUGGCCCGAGCGGAAUGGGCGCCUGACGCGCCACUGCUGUUACUUGCUGGAUCCGCUCCGCUUUCCGCCCAAAGAGGAGAGCUUGCAGUGCUACGCCCUCGUGACGAAGGCUCACUAGAGUCCUGGGUGGUGGCAGCUCGAGCCAGCGGCGGCGGUGGCUGCUGGGCGGGAGAGGGUUUCCUGUCCUUGGAACUGUCACGACUGUCAGCGCCGGAGCAUGCGCCGGUCUUCGGCACUGAUAUCUGGCUUAACGCUGCUACUCAGGAAACUGAAGACGAGUUUGCAGGUACAGCGGCGCGCGUGCUUCGAAUAUACAAUGAAAAGCGGGCGGUCAUCACGCAAGCCGUAUGCGCAGACGCACCGCUAGACGCCCGGUCGGCACAGGAGUGGGCGGAAGCGGAAGCGACUGUCUGCGCUGAGGACAUGCAUGCAGAUAACCCUACAUCUACAGACGUUGCGCAUGCACCGGAAAUUGUGAAACUAGAGGAAAUGGGACCAGGUGAAGAUUACUACAGGGUUAUAUAUGAUCGUGGACGCUCGUCAAACACGCCAAACGCGUGGAUACACGUAGUGGUUUUGGCGUGUGGCGGCGUCCUUGGCGUGUGGCCGUUGUCGCGCGAGCGCCCGCCGCCGCUCCGCGUGCCUGACGACGCACUACGGACACGCAUGCGCGCACGAGCUGAGAGACGACAACGGGAAGCCGAAGCAGCAGCAGCAGGUGAGGUGGAAGAAGAGCCGCCAGAACCGUCAAUAGCUGAACUUCGUGCCCGCUGCGAUCCUCCCACAGCAAGACUUCGGCUAUCUGGCAACGUUCUCGGCCUUACGGCGUUGCAGAACGGACGCGCGGUGUGGGCGAGCGUGUCAGGAGGAGCAAUUUGCGCGUCGUUGCCAGCUCUUCGAGUGCUACGAAUAGUGUUAGCCAAGCCGGGUGGUGGGUCACCACAUUACCUGACACCGCAUGUCGCUGGGAGUAUUUUGGCAGUCCGUGCGGUGGCAGCUCACCAACAGCUUACAUUUGGGGCCCGGCGGGAAGCGCAGCUAAGCUGAGCAGCGACGCGCCAGCAUUAGCGAUGCUGCUGCGCUGCCGUGCGCGGCCUGAGGCGUUGCUGUUGACUGAAGAUGCAUUGCAAGUAUGGCAGUGCAUGGCGCCGCGAGCGCCUAGGCCUGAUGAUGUCAACGACGACGCAAGUGAUCACAGUGAUAACUAUAACAGUACCAGCAACAGUGAAAGCGACUGAGGAUCUAUCGACCGUGAAUGCUCCUACAGACUUAUUUGCUCGUUUGCUGAAUAACUUUCUGCGGUACUUCGAGAUGGGUAAUAAAAUGGAAAAUAUUAAUAAUGCCGGUUUGCGCGGGCAUUUAGACGCCAAGAACGGCAAAGACUUCUAGAGGCAACGAUUAAAUACGCCAAAACGCUAGCUACUUAAGUUGCUGAAAUUAAA